ACCAGCCUGGCUCAGGUGAGCUCUAAGCCCUGCAGCCCCACCCUGUAUCCUGACAUGGAGGGAGUAUCCUGUGCCUUGUUCCUGGUGCUAGCAGGUCUGCCUGCCUUGGAAGCCAACGACCUGAUUGAUAAAGACAGUCCUUUCUACUAUGACUGGGAAAGUCUGCAACUGGGCGGAGUGAUCAUUGGAGCGCUCCUGUGCAUCGCUGGAUUUGCCAUGGCCCUGAGUGGCAAAUGCAAAUGCAGGCACAAUCAGCAACCCAGCCCGGUAACUGGGAAAGCCACCCCACUCAUCAAUCCAAGCUCUGCCAGUACCUGCUGAACACAGGACCAGCUUGGAAGGUCUGCUGUGCCCUCUGCCCUUCCAGUCUCCUUCUGCUCCUCCCUUCUGGAGACCUUCCUCUCUGGAGCACAUUGUUAAGUCCCCAAUGUCAGGGAAGGGGAAUGUCCCAAAUUUAUUUUUACAUUAAACUGGUCCCUCUU